AUGGAUUUCGACGCGAUAUUAGAAGACGUGGGUCAGUUUGGAAGGUACCAAAAGAUGGUCAUCUACCUGAUUCUCCUUCCCGCGGUAAUUCCGUGUGGAUUCCAUGCGUACGCGCAGCUGUUCAUGGCUGCCCAUGUAGAGCACUGGUGCAGGGUUCCAGAACUUGAUAUCAUAUCUGAUGUUAGUCUAGCCAAGAAUUUAAGCAUCCCAAUGGAGCUAAAGAACGGCCAGUUACAAUACUCAGAGUGCACUAUGUACAAUUUGAACUACAGUGAGAUCGCAAAGAAUUAUCAGUCUCUUCAAGGUGGUCUCAAGAGCACGCCAGCGGAGGUCAUCCCUUGCAGAAACGGAUGGACGUACGAGAAGUCUGUUUAUAAGAAUACUGUGGUCACAGAGUGGAACCUUGUAUGCCAAAAAGAUUUCUUCCCAACGCUCGGCCUGGUCCUACUAGCUGUCGGAGGCAUUAUCGGCAACUACAUCUUCGGCUACCUACAGGACACUAUCGGAAGGAAACCUUCAUUUUUUAUUUACCUUCUCAUAGAGUGUAUUUUUGGAGUGGCCACGGCAUUCGCACAGAAUUACGUUAUUUGGUGCAUCUACAGGUUUGGCGUGGGUUUCACCGUACCUGCUAUUAUGACUACGCCUUACGUUUUAGCAAUUGAGUUGGUGGGGCCGCGUAGCAGGACGCUCUGUACCAUUCUAUCAAACAUUGCAUACUCCACGGGGCUAAUUUUACUCGCUGGAGUGGUCUACCUCGUGAGGGAUUGGCGUCAUCUCGCUCUGGCCACAACAUUGCCCUUCGUUUGCUUCUUUUUGUACCUUUGGCCAAUGCCCGAAAGCCCGCGCUGGCUUCUAGCAAGAGGAGAAUUCGAGAAAGCUGAAGUUAUUCUGAGAAAUAUUGCCAGGAUAAACGGCAAAUCCUUACCAGCAAAUUACAUGGUGCAGCUCCACCGUAAAUACGAAACGGAUAAAUUAAAACAAGACAUUGAAAAGUCGAAAACCAGGAAAUAUGGUAUUCUGGACUUGUUCAGAACACCGAAUUUGAGGAAGAAAACGAUCAUAAUCACUUUUAUAUGGUUUACUAACACCAGUGUUUAUGUUGGUUUGUCAUACUAUGCUCCAGUUUUGGGCGGAGAUGAAUUUCUAAACUUCUUUUUGGCUGGAAUUGUGGAGUUGCCCACCUAUCUGUUCCUGUGGCCCUCCAUGGAAAGGUUGGGUAGACGGUGGACUUUAUGCAUGAGUAUGGUAGUCGGUGGAGUAGCUUGUUUGACCACAUUUUUGGUACAACAUGAAACGUACGUCACACUAGCUCUUUACUGUGUUGGAAAAAUGGGUAUAUCAUCUUCCUUCGUAGUACUGCCUCUGAUGGCUUCAGAAUUAUAUCCAACAGUGGUCAGGGGCCUGGGCAUGAGUCUCAGCUCAGUUCUUGGCAUGUUGGGCCCAAUUUUUAUACCACUCGUCAAUUAUUUGGGCUCAGAUAUAAUGGUUCUCCCUUUAAUUAUAAUGGGCGCCUUGCUUGUGGCAGGAGGUAUAGCAAGCUUGUUACUCCCAGAAACAUUAAAUCAACAUCUACCUCAGACUUUAGAAGAUGGAGAAAAGAUGGGACUAGAUACUGACUUCUGCUGCAAUCCACCAGUCAGAGAAACAAAUACAAAACAAGAAGGAAAAGAAAUUAACCUGGAACCAAAUACUUGUAACGCUUGUAAUGCACUGUGUUCUUGUCAAAUGGUUAAUGUUUCUUUAGUAGAUAAUAUCGCUGCUGUAAUUGAAAAAGACAGCGAGAAAGUUGAUUUUAUUAUUGUAAAAUAG